CUCCCCCCGCCCUUUCCACGUGGUGCAGGGCGGGGAUUCCGUGAUACGUCACUUCUGUUUCUGUCGUGGUGUAGAAGAGCUGCGUGUGGAGUAGGACAAUGCCUAAGUCAAAGGAACUUGUGUCUUCAAGCUCAUCUGUCAGUGACUCAGAUAGUGAAGUUGACAAAAAGGCAAAGCGGAAAAAGCAAGCAGCUCCAGAAAAGCCUGUAAAGAAACAAAAGACUGGUGAAAGUUCAAAGGGUGCAGCUUCUUCUAAGCAAAACAGUAACAGAGAUGAGAAUAUGUUUCAGAUUGGCAAAAUGAGGUAUGUCAGUGUUCGUGACUUUAAAGGGAAAGUCUUAAUUGAUAUUAGAGAAUAUUGGAUGGAUCAAGAAGGUGAAAUGAAGCCCGGCAGGAAAGGACCCCCAGGUCCCUUUCCACAGAGCUGCUACCAUGACAUAUUUGAAAGUGUGUAGAGCAGUGCACUGACCCAUUUUUGGUCAACACAUCUUGGUCUGCUAUAGGUGAGGGAAUAAGGUUUCACUUUUGAGCCUGAACUCAAACACCACGGUGAGUAUCUGUAAAGUAUGUCCUUUCCCUGCCAACCUGUCAAUAUUGAAGUGUUUUCUUUGCUGUUGAGAAGCAUGAAGUUUUCAGAACCUUUGGGAAUUCAGUGGGUUUCAGAUAUAUCCUGGCAAUGUGUGAAAAGUACAUCAGACCUGUCUUCAGGUUAAAUGAAAUGGGAAACUUUGGAAUAUUACACAAUUGCUGAUAACACUUUUGGCACAUUGCCUGGAGAAACAGACCAAUACUCGAGAUCAGAAGCUGCAGUCCCACAGGCAUGAAGAUCAGGGAUUUUCUAGGUAAUUCUUCCUGUGAGAAUCAACUUAUUAAAACUUCCCUGAAACACGUUACAGUUACAGAGGGUCAGUAAGGAAAAGGUGAUAACGAUGAUACAAGUAGUUCCUUUGGUUGAUUUGUCUUGUGCUUUGCCAAAACAUCUUUGUUAGCUUUCAUUAGGAUGAGAAUGAAACUCUAGAUCUUCAUUAUGCCUUCUGAAGUAUUUAGGCUGCAAUAAGGAUUUUAAAAAGAACUUACUUAAAUUACAUUGCAAAUGCUGCUCUCCAGCUAGGUGGAUCCCAAUCUGUAUUGCACUCCUGGUUUAUGAUUUCCCAGGUGCAAGACCUUACACUUGUUCUAGUUGAACUUCAUAAGGUUCUUGCUGACCCAGUCUAUCAGCCUAUCCAGAUCUUCCUGCAGAGCAGCUCUCCCUUCUGGAGUGUCUACUUCCACACUCAAUUUGGUGUCAUCUGCAAACUUCAUCAGGCUACACUUGAUCCUGUUAUCCAGAUCAUUUAUAAAGAUAUUGAAUAACAUUGGGCCCAAUAUCGAUCCCUGGAGGACCCCACUUGUGACAGGUUGCCACUUGGAAAAGGAGCUAUUUAUCACCACCCUUUGGGUGUGCCCUGUCAGCCAAUUCCCCACCCACUGUACAGACCACUUGUCUAGGCCAUAACGCAUUAAUUUUUCCAGGAGGAGGCUGGGGGGGACUGUAUCAAAGGCCUUGGAGCAGUCCAGGUAGACAGUGUCCACCACCCACCCCAUGUCAACCUGGCAAGUCACUUUGUCAUAGAAGGCCACCAGAUCUGUCAAGCACGUUCUGCCCUUAGUGAAGCCAUGUUGGCUUUUCCCUAUCACGUGCUUCUUUUGACUUGUGAUUGCCCUCAGGAGGAUUUGUUCCAUAAAUUUCCCAGGGAUUGAAGUAAGGCUGAUGGGCCUAUAGUUACCCAGAUCCUCCCUUGAGCCCUUCUUGUAGCUAGGGGUAACAUUUGCCUUCUUCCAGUCCUCUGGGACAUCCCCCAUUCUCCACGACUUUUUGAAGAUUAUGAAGGGUGGCCUCGCAAUGAUGUCAGCCAGCUCUCUCAACACCCUCGGGUGGAUGUCGUCAGGGCCCAUUGAUUUGUAGGGGUCAAGCUCCUGUAAUAAUUCAUGUGCGAACUCUUCCUUCACUGAUGGUGGGUCAGUGUUUGGAUCAAUCGGCAAUUUUCUUCCCAAAGCCUGGGAUCCAACGGUGCUGGUAAAGACAGAGGUGAAGAAGGUUUGAGGGCCUCUGCCUUUUCUGCAUCGUUGGUGAUUGACUCUCCUUUUCUGUU